GAAAUCAAUGUACAAAUACAGAAAAGGACAAGGAAGGAGAAAACACUGUUCUAUAUAGAACGCGACUUUGGUUGGAAUUGGAGAAAACCGGAAACGUCUUCGUGGUACACAACCUAAAUUCUGAAAGGGAAAAUAAAAUACAGCAGCAGUCAGAAAAUCCGACCGGUGAUUCCACAAUCUGGAUCGACGAUGGCAUCUUCCGAUCCGGAGAAAUUGAUCGCUAAAGCUGAUAAAAUGACGAAGCUCAGCUUGACGAGAUGGAAUGCUGAUUGGAGGAACGCCACUGUUCUGUACGAGCAGGCGGCAAAUGCAUAUAGGCUUGCGAGAAAGUAUGAUAAAGCAAAGGAAGCAUUCGAGAAAGCUUCCAAAGGACAAGAGAUGCAAUCUUCGCCUUGGGAUGCUGCAAAGCACAUGGAGUCUGCAGGAGUUAUGGCAAAGGAAGUAUGCAAAUGGAAUGAAGUAGCCGAUUUCUAUAGACGUGCAUCCGAGUUGUACGUUGAGGCCGGAAGGUCCCAGCCUGCAUCGGAUGCUCUUGCAAAGGGUGCUCGUGUUUUAGAAGAUAAGUGCCCUGAUGAAGCUAUCCAGCUUUACAUUGCUGCUUGUGAUAUUCUUGAAGAGGAUGGGAAGGAACAGAUGACCUUUGAUCUGUAUCGUGCUGUUGUGAGCGUUUAUGUAAAGCUUGAGAAGUACACAGAUGCUGCAACUUUUCUUUUAAAAUGGGCGGUGGCUGCUGACAAGUGCAAUGCUACGCACAGCCAGUGCAAGGCUUAUCUCAGUGCAAUUAUUGUAUAUCUCUAUGCACAUGACUUCCAGCAAGCAGAGAAAUGUCACAACGAUUGUUGCCAGGUUGAAGGUUUCUUCAACAGCGAACAAAAUCGUGCUGCGACUAAGCUACUCUCUGCCUACACUGAUGGUGAUGCUGAGGAAAUCAAGCGUGCGGCUCAAUCGAGUAUUAUUUCCAAUCUUGACCAUGUGAUCAUAAAGCUCGCGAGGAAAUUGCCGACUGGGGAUGUAACUGCAUUUAAGAGGGGUGCAGCAGAAGCACAAGAGGAUCCAUUUGAUGAAGAUGAUCUUACAUAAUCUCUUACUAAAAUCUAUAUGCUUGUAAUGAUAUCUCCUACUAAAAGUGAUAUAAUACACAUUCUACUUCUGUGUGAAUAUUUGCGGACACACUUGUUUNGUUU